UAAAUACAGAGAAAUUAUUAAUGAUGUUUUGUCUUUUAAGGAACAUGUUCAUUCUCCCAACAAAAAGGAUACACUUUUUAUUAUACUUUGUUAUAGAAACAAGUCUUGUUUUUCUCUUUAUGUAAAAUAUAAAAUGUUUAAAUCAGUCUUUUUCCUGGACUGAGCAUUGAGAAAUACUGCAUAUUGAUCUUUCUGCUUAUUGACUUUGCAUUUUGGGAUUGAUAAUUUAUCUUUUUCAGCUUGGAAGAGCUCCUUCCAGAGAUUUUCAGCCAAACUGAAAACUCAGGACUCUGCGUGAGACACUUCAAAAAUCUUAAAAUUAUUUAGAAAAAGCCUGCUGGUCAAAUUAAAACUUUUACUCUAAGCUCACACCUAACGCAUGCAUGAAUAAUUCUGAGCUUAACUGUAUAUUUUGAAAGAAACUUGAAUCUGAUCUGCAUCUGCAAAAUUUAGUUUCCCUUAAUAAAGAUAAAGCCCGGGGUCUAGCAAAAAUACAUUUCAUAUAGUUUUGUACUCUGUUUUAUGGUCAUUGUGCGACACUGAUACUAACAUUACAACAGAAAGCUAUGAUCUCAAUGGAGUGAACCUGGUUAAAUAGGAGAAAAUUGUUUUAUUGGUCAAAUGAAGAUUUAAAUAAAUUAUGACUACUUUUUAUGGAUUCAAGAAAUUUAGCAUUUCUCAAAUGCAAAUCAAAACUGGAUGGACUAAAAAAAAAAAACUAAUAGAUAAAAAAAAAAAAAGUUCUUUGGAUUUUAGGCAGUCAUACUGCCAGAGCUAAAAUUCAGAGAGAACUGGAGCCUCUAACACUUUGAAUGGUCCAGUGGAGUGAACACAAAGUGCUUUUCACAGUCUGGACACUUGAGACACUUGGCAAAUAAAGUGCUCCCGUUUUGGUUUCUUUAGUAUGUACAUGCAUGUUUCAAAACAGUAGUUUUAUCAGUUAUGUCCGGGCAGCAUUUUAUCUGAAAAAGUAAUAACUUAUAAAAGUCCUGGAUGCAUUCUUAAACAGCCCAUGAUAUGAAUAUCAAAGAAAGCUUCUCUUUCUUUUUGUGUUUAAUUGUGUGUCCCAUGGCCAUGUUGCUGCACACAUGCACUCUGGGCCAGGAAUUUCACUGAACAUACCUGGUUUCAUUUAAGAACAGAGUUCAUUAGUCGCUGUGAUGACAUUGAACACUGAGACGAAACAGUGGGUCUAUUGUCAAACCUCAAUGCUGGAUUAUCUCUCUUAUCGGUUGCAUUUUUUUAAAGGAGGCUGCAGAAGUGGACCUUCCCAAAAACUGGGACGGGCUAAAUAGUCUCUCUGGAUCCCUUAUCUUAUUACAUUAACUUGGACGGGAGAAUCUCGGCGCACAGUGUUCACCUGCAGAAGCAGAAGAUGGUUUUUCUAACAACAAAAAUGAUGGAGAAAACGGCACUGUUUUUGUCGUUUGGGAGCUACGUCACUACUCUGAUCACUGCUUUUUUACCCCUGUGGAAAACGAUGAACUCUGAUCUCAACGAGGUGGAGAACUGGUUUUCAGGGCUUUGGCUCACCUGCCUCUACACGGAAGAGAAGGGGAUUCAGUGCAAGGCCUAUGAUUCUGUCCUGGGUCUGCCGGUGGAUCUUCAGAUCUCCAGAGUCCUCGUCUUGAUAUCCAUUGGAACUGGAGGAUUUGCCCUGUUGACUGGCUUUCUAGGUCUGGAGGAGGUUGGCAUGUGUGUGACGAAGCCAGAAGUAAAACGACGGCUCUUCAUCUUCAGCGGAGUGAUGACCUGGGUGUCGGGACUCACCUCUCUGGCUCCUGUUUCCAUAGUGGCGUACACAACGGUGGUGGACUUCUGGGAUGAAGGUUUCCCUGACGUGAUGCCUCGGUGGGAGUAUGGCGAGGCGAUGUUCUCUGGAUGGUUCGGGGGUCUGGGCCAGGUCAUCGGAGGAACUCUGUUCUUUGUGGCCGUGUGCAUGGGGGACUAUGACCUGCAAAGACUGAAUGUUCCUGUCAGUCCAGAGCAGAAGCCCAGGACAAGGUACUACCUGAAGACAGAGGUUCUUUAGCUGUCUGUGUCACAUCCAGAUUCAA